AAAGUAGCUCAAGCACUUUCUGAUGCAGAAGCGUACUCGCAGCACUUCAUGAUCCAUCGCAGAUGCCACAUUAAAAGCUUCAAGCUUCCGCCGGCUCCACUUCAAUCAUCGAUCUGAACAUUCAUCAAGAGGCAACACAAACACUCUCUAUCGAUAAUGGUGAUUUGAAUGAUAUGACUACGGGAUAGACCUAUGUCGAUAUAAGGAUUGCUAGUAUUGACAUCAUCUGAAAACAGAUUCUACCAUCAACAACUGCUAUAGGUGGAUUACCAUGGACGACACAAUGGAUAUCGAAACCACAGAACCACGAGGAACCAAGCGCACUGCUGAUGAUGCAGGUCUCCCGUCAAAUGAGCAGCGUCGGAUCAGAGCCCUGGAUCCUGAUGUGGUCAAUAAAAUUGCUGCUGGGGAGAUCAUCGUCGCCCCGAUGCAUGCUCUGAAAGAACUUAUCGAGAAUUCCGUCGAUGCAGGGUCCACAUCGAUAGAGAUUCUUGUCAAGGACGGAGGACUCAAGCUUCUCCAGAUAACCGAUAACGGUCAUGGUAUCAAUGUGGAUGAUUUACCCAUUCUAUGUGAACGAUUUACUACCUCAAAGCUGAGAGAGUUUGAAGAUUUGACGGCUAUUGGCACCUACGGCUUUCGUGGUGAAGCAUUAGCCAGUAUCAGCCAUAUCUCUCAUCUGACGGUGACUACCAAAACUGCCAGUUCCAGUUGUGCUUGGAGAGCACAUUACAGCGAUGGGAAGCUUGUACCGGCUAAACCGAGUCAGAGUGCGAAGCCUAAGCCCACGGCUGGACGUGGAGGAACACAAAUUACUGUUGAGGAUCUCUUUUAUAAUGUUCCCACACGACGUCGUGCUUUUAGGUCAUCCAGUGAGGAAUAUGCCAAGAUCCUUGAUGUUGUCGGACGAUACGCAGUUCAUUGCUCAAAUGUUGCAUUUUCAUGCAAAAAGCACGGCGACUCAGGCAGUAGCAUCGCGACUACUGCGAAGUCAUCUACCAUUGAUCGAAUUCGUCAAAUUCAUGGAAGCUCUGUGGCGAAUGAACUGAUCGACUUUAAUAUUGAGGAUACCAAGAGAUUGGGAUUCAAAGCGUCUGGACUGGUUACCAACGCAAAUUAUCAUGUUAAGAGGACGACCAUCCUGCUAUUCAUCAAUCAUCGAUCAGUUGAAUCUUCAGCUCUUAAGAAGGCGAUUGAACAGACAUACUCUACUUUUCUUCCAAAAGGAGGACACCCUUUUAUUUAUCUUGAUCUCGAAAUCGAACCGAAUCGAGUUGACGUCAAUGUACAUCCGACGAAGCGGGAAGUCAAUUUUUUGAAUGAGGAUGAAAUUAUAGAGUCGAUAUGCAGCGAGAUCACUACCCGUCUAGCGCAGGUAGAUUCGAGCAGAACGUUCAUGACUCAGACUCUUUUGCCUGGUGUUCCCAAAGAGUCAGAUAUACCACCGAGUGAUUCCGCAACUCGCAGAACAUCAUCACAAAAACCAUAUGAGAAUAAUCUUGUUCGAACGGAUUCGCGCGUGCGAAAGAUCACAUCUAUGCUGCCAUCUCUUGCCGCAGUGUCUAGCACACAGUUAGACUCGACAAAUCAGACCGAAGACAUAGAAAGGACAAAUGAUGGUCUCCACUAUGAGACAACUGACCGUGAUCCGCUUCGCAUAGGGCUUACAUCCGUUAAACGACUCCGUGCUACUGUACGGUCAGAAAUGCACAAUGGGCUCACCGAACUCUUUUCAACCCAUACAUAUGUUGGCCUUGUUGACGAGCGUCGACGCAUUGUCGCAGUUCAAUCAGGAGUGAAACUAUACUUGGUCGACUACGGAAUGAUCUGUAAUGAAUUCUUCUAUCAGAUCGGACUCACUGACUUUGGGAAUUUUGGGGUCAUCAAACUAGACCCGCCGCCAAAGCUGAUUGAUCUGAUGCAACUCGGUGCAGAAAUCGAGCGAAGUGAGCACUACACGACAAACCAUCCAUCCACAGUUGAAGGAGGAACAACGCAGUCAUCUUCUCAAAACGAUGAAAUGGAAGAAAUCUUCCAAAAGGCCCCAGAAAUUGUGAGCCAAACCCUCAUCGACCGCCGCGACAUGUUAGACGAAUACUUUUCCAUGAAGAUAUCCGAUGAAGGCGAAUUACUGACAAUCCCGCUCUUACUUCGGGGUUAUGUACCGUCGUUGGCAAAACUACCCCGAUUCUUAUUACGCCUAGGUCCAUACGUAAAUUGGACAAGUGAAGGAGAAUGUUUUCGGACAUUUUUGCGAGAACUAGCUGCUUUUUAUACGCCUGAACAAUUACCGCCGCCGCCCUCACAACCCAGAAAGCCGGAGAUCGCGUCGUCUCAGGAGGGAGAAGACGAGACCGCAACCCCAACCAGUCAAGAACAAUCACAAGGAAGAGAAACCCGGGAAGAGGAUAGCAUAACAACCCGCCGCUCACAACUCAUACGAAUGCUAGAACAUGUUCUUUUCCCUUCUAUCCGAGCGAGAAUGGUAGCUACCAAUGCUCUACUCGGAGGUGUCGUGGAAGUUGCCGAUUUGAAGGGAUUGUAUCGUGUUUUUGAGCGGUGUUGA